CGAUCAACCGAUCAAAAUGGCGGACUCCCUUACUGAAGAGCAGGUCUCUGAGUUUAAGGAGGCCUUCUCUCUCUUCGACAAGGACGGUGACGGACAAAUCACAACCAAAGAGUUGGGCACCGUUAUGCGCUCCCUCGGCCAAAACCCCUCCGAGUCGGAGCUGCAGGACAUGAUCAACGAGGUGGACGCUGACAACAAUGGCACCAUUGAUUUCCCAGAGUUUCUCACAAUGAUGGCGAGGAAGAUGAAGGACACUGAUUCGGAGGAGGAGAUUCGCGAAGCAUUCAAGGUCUUCGACCGCGACAACAACGGUUUCAUCUCGGCUGCCGAGCUGCGGCACGUCAUGACCUCGAUCGGUGAGAAGCUUACCGAUGACGAGGUCGACGAGAUGAUCCGCGAGGCCGACCAGGAUGGUGAUGGGCGUAUUGACUAUAACGAGUUCGUCCAGCUUAUGAUGCAGAAGUAGUAAAGGCCCAUCUCCGUCAACCCGGUACCGAUGCCGGCUACGAGUCUGGGUCCUCUCUCUUUCGGAUUUGACUUUCUACAAUUAUUCUGGAUGGAACCCGGGUGGCUUCUAGCAGCUUGGCGCGGAGGGUUUGAUAUUUCGCGGAUGGAAUCCGAUUCACGUUUCCACAUGCUUGGAGCCGUCCCUUCUCUCAGCCGGGGUCAAGCACUGGCAGAUACUAAGGAACGUGACAACAGCAAGCCGCGUUGCCUUCCCUUUUAGCUUGGAUGAUAAUGAAAGCCGUGUCUGCAGAGAGCUAUAUUCCAGA